GAGCAUGUCCGGGCAUGAGGGGAACAGAAGUGGACAAGAGCAAACACGCAGCGUUUGUAAUGGUCGUCUCUCAAGUUUAGCCGACAGUCGUCUUGUGUCGGGCGCCGAGUCCAGAUCCCGACAAAAUAAAGUUGCGUGUUUAUUUUUUUCAAAGAGAAGAAGGAAAAACAAAAAGUGAAUCAUUUUCUCAUUAUUCAUUCAUUUGCAUUUGGCCAUUGGCCAACAGUCUUCGUUAAUAGUCACGUGGUGUUUAACUACAAGCAGAGGACUGACUCAUCGUCUGUAACAUUUCUGUGUUGGAACUGAUUGAUGACCUUUCGAUUUCUAUCAUUGGAAUAAAACAAAAAUUCGUGUCAUCCGCAUUUUGAAAUUUCAGAGUUUUUUAUUCGUGUAAUUGUAUUCGCGUGCAACGGUUCGUGUACGAUAAUCAACAACGUCGUUAGCGGCAAAUAAUUGAACAGCUAACAAGGUGGCGCCAAUCGUGACCCGUGAAUGGAGAGAGCUGUUCAACCAAGUCAAUCCAGCCGGCUGUUUUGGAUCCAUCAGCGUCAUCAAAAACGCACAUCAGCACACGCGGUCAGUCGGUCGUCAACAUGACGACGUCUGGCGCCUUGGCGUAGACGGUCCAUCAACUGAAAAGCCUCUUAAAUAAUCCGGAGCCUUUAAGAAAGAUUUGUUGAUCAAUUAAAACCCAGAAAAACAAAAACAAAAAAACAAAAACGAAAGCGGGAGCCAAGAUGGAAGGUCUCCAUUUGUUGGAUGUGUCCGAUUUGACGGGUGAUGAUGGAACUAACGAUUCAUGGCCAACAGUGACGGCUGCAGCCGUUGGCAACUGCAGUAAUCCGCUGGAAGAGGUGGACUGGUCUCAGCCGGGCCUCAUCGUCUCAUUGGUCAUCCUGGGCGUCGUCAAUGUGCUCGUCCUGUUCGGCAACUGCCUCGUCGUGUUGGCCGUUUUUCUCGACUCCAAGCUGCGCACAGUCACCAAUUUAUUCAUCGUCUCGCUGGCCAUGGCCGACCUGUCGGUGGGCUUGGCCGUUUUGCCGUUCAGCGCAUCGCUGGAAGUGCUGGACAUGUGGAUUUUCGGUGAAAUUUGGUGCUCCAUUUGGCUAGCCGUCGAUGUUUGGAUGUGCACGGCAUCCAUCCUCAAUCUGUGCGCAAUCAGCCUCGACCGCUACCUGGCCGUCACUCGUCCAGUCUCCUAUCCCUCCAUCAUGACACCAUUCCGGGCCAAAAUUCUCUUGGCCGUCGUUUGGCUUUUGAGUUUCCUUAUUUGUUUCCCGCCGCUGGUCGGUUGGAACGAUCGUAAAAUCAACCGACAUCCAUCGCAACAGCACUGCGACGACUGGUCCUGCGAAUUGACCAACGAUCCAGGCUACGUUGUCUAUUCGGCGCUGGGCAGUUUCUUCAUCCCCAUGCUCGUCAUGCUCUUCUUCUACUGGCGUAUUUACAGGGCCGCUGUCGAAACCACCAAAGCCAUUAAUCAAGGUUUCCGUACAACAAAGGAAGGAGGAGGCCACGGUCGUCAGUGUGUGGAGAAUAAGGAGCGACUGACGUUGAGGAUUCACAGGGGUCGGUCGGAACAUCAGAAACCACCAGCCGCGUUGACAUCGGUCCUUUUGGCCAGACAUGGAUGUCCUCCAGGUUUGGGUCCAGCGCUGGCUGGCCUGGGCAGUCGUGAUAUUGUCAGUCGUCUAUCGGACAUCACUUCAACGCCGGUGGUAACGGGUGACGUGGAAAAUGGCCGACUUGAUUUACCGCAGAUUACGGUGACGGCAGCCGCGCCCACCGUAGAAACCGAUUGCGAUUUAUGUCGAGACGGCCAACAGGACCGUUUCUAUCAGCAACAGCAACAACAGUUGCAGUUGCAACAGUUCCAGCAAAUGCAUCAGCAGUCAUCGUCCGGCUUGCGGGAAAACGUGUCCAAUGCCUCGCAAGCUUACAAGGUGUUGUACAUGGAGACGCCGUUGUGCAGUUGCGGAAGAAUCAGCGCCAACGGCCGCCCAGCGAAGAUGGGCAAUAAUAAACGGAGCGCUCUUGAAAUAUUCCAAACGGCCGGCAAUCACAGUAGGAAGAACAACAAGUCGAAAUACGGUGGGCAUCGAUGCCUGGCACCGAGAAACGGCGGCCUGGCCAAUAUCGGAAGCGGAGACGAUGGAAGCGAUCCUUCCGGCUCGACCAAUAGUAGCACAAAGCCAUUGAAAAUGAACAGAAGGAGCAACAUCAAAGCCCAGGUGAAACGCUUCAAAAUGGAAACCAAAGCAGCCAAAACAUUAGGCAUCAUUGUGGGCGGUUUCAUCGUGUGCUGGAUGCCAUUUUUCACGAUGUACGUCGUCAGGGCAUUCUGUCCGCAGUGCAUUCCAUCCGUUCUGUUCUCCGUCCUGUUCUGGCUGGGCUAUUGCAAUUCGGCCAUUAAUCCGUGCAUCUACGCCCUGUUUAGUCGCGAUUUCCGCUUCGCCUUCCAGAAGAUUGUGUGCCAGUGCCUGUGCACACGCCGGUCGCAUGCCCAACACCUCAGCGUCAUCAAAAUGAUGGUGCCACAGGGUAUGAUUGCCGGGCUGGGCAGUGCCGCUUUCAACACCGACGAUUCGGAUCCGUACGCCAAUGAUCAUUCGGAUCAAUCCAAUUGAUUAUUCCUUUCCUUUUCGAUGUGUGUGUGUGUUGUGUUUACGAAUGGUGGCAAAGAGAGAAACCCCCUUACAAAAUAAUGCGCACACAGACACUCCGCUAUGCGAAUGAGAUAGGUGAUAAACGUAUCAUUAACGAUAGCAAAACGUCUUAAUCAUUCCUGUAACAAUAUGUUUUGAUUUGAAUCUUACGUUACCUGACUAGUCUCUCUAUUGUUUUUUUCAUCUGUCCUGUUAUUUCUUUUUACUUGAGUUCAUUUUUGCCUGCAGGGAAUAGCGAAAAAAUCAAAUUUCUGGUUAACGAUUAGAUUUAGAACAAUCCUCCCUUUGUUCGUCUGUUAUCGGCCAAGUUUGUUUGGCUUCCCCGAAUCUGAUCCCUCCCCCAUUUCACAUGGAUGUUUGAUGUCUCGCAUUCAGUGUUUACAUUUCGAUAUUAAAUAGUAUCGAGUUUUGUUUUUUAAAACAAGAUACCAACACUAUCAUAGCUGUUUUAAUCAUUUAAAAGUCAAGCGCAACAAAGUAAAAAAUAAAUUAAAAAACUGAAAACUCAAAUAAAAAAUCGAUCGUGUUUCGUGAGAAUACCCCGCUCCCUUCGCCGUGAUUUCACUCCCCCCCUUCGUGUUAUUUCGAUGUGUAUACAAUUUCUCGUAUAUAGAUUCCGAGAGGCUAAACUGCAUAGGAAGAAAUCAAGUGCGUGUGUUAAAUGCAAUCGUGCUGUUAUCGAAUGAAGAAUAUAAUUUAUAUGAUGUUUAACCUCGCCCUUCGUUUUCAAAUAUAAAUUACACUUCCCCCUGAAGUCACAUCACAAA